AUGGCUGCAAAGAGCGAGGACUUCGGCGGAUACUGCUGCAAACGUUGUCAUGCGUCCCAUGCAUAUGGGCAUGCUCUUACGCAUGGCUUUCGAUGUGCCGCAGAAAUCGCGCAUUGGAAGCUGCCUCGUGCUGCACCAGUUGCCCCUCCAGAUCCUAUACGGAAAGGACGUGGCAACAACAGCAGAGGGCGGCGGAAAAAGACGGAUUGGAAUUGGGAGACUCCCGCAUCGGAACAGUUCGAAGAGGAAAGUGAACCUGAUUCGCCUUCGCAUGGGAAUCAAGCCUCUCCUCCAAAGCGUGGAGGGUCGAGCGCGACUGCCGGGCUCCACGACCGGUCUGAAGAGCCCUCCAGGCAUCACAGUCCAUUCUGGGCAAAGCAUCAAGGCGAAAAUUAUACCUGGGGGCAUGAUGACCGAUACGAUGGUGAAUCUCCUCGCGAUGCGGCACCAAGUCGAGAGGCACCACGGCCCAGGAGCCCUGUUCCUGAUGGCGCGUGGAAGCACGAUCGUUUCGAAGAGGUGGAUGGACGGGCACCUGCGCCUCGCAGACGGCCUUCGCCUCCUCGAUCCGGGCAUUCCGAGCCCAUGAUCUGGGGCGAGACGGAGCGCGCAGCUCACAACCGCCUGGCCUCUCGCUUCUUGCCGAAGCGCCAGCGUUCACCAGAAGCCACUGCCCCACGGGUGAAAGCCCGGGCUGGCCGCCCCGGAAAUGCACCAAAGAGUGAUUCAGGAGGCGUUGAGAGAAGCAGUGCAGCAGCGUCGGUGGCUUCACACCAGUCUACGGAAAGUUCGUCGAUGCCGCCGCUGAAGGCCUUCAACAUCCGAAAGUACAAGAUGCCCGGCGACGCCUACGCCAAGCGUCAGCUCUACAUGGGCGCGUCCUCAGACUCGUCCCCGACAUCGCCCGCGUCGCCGGAGCCCAAAAAGCCGGAGCCUUCUCGUCCCGUCACGGCGACGGCUGGGCCCCGAAAGCCGGCUGCCAAAGCUGCAGCGGUCGCACCCGCGGAGGUCGUGCACGACUCCUCGGAUGCUACCCAGAGAGUGCGCAACUUGUCGAUGGGCCUGAGAUCUGUAACUGCGGUCCUCGAGCAACUGAGAGCAUCACUGCGUCAGAGUACAUCUGCGCCGACAGGGCCAGUCAAGGUCGAGGACAGUGACGACGAAGGAUGCGUGAUGGUGUCGCCCGUCGAGGAGAUCGAGGACAUCUACCCUUGGGAUCCAGAGCAGCUGGAAGAGGCCACCCCCCAAGAAUCGGAGGCCGCCAUAUAG